AUGGAUAGUGCGAGCGAUACUCGUGCUCGUAAAUCGGACGUUUCUUUUCUUCCUAGCGCCACGCUUUGGGCCUUGAGCCCAUUUCCUCUGAUGGAGAACUUAUUCUCAGAGCUCCUCUGUAUAGAUCCUGUCAAUUUUUAUCAAACGGUUCCGUGCGACACGACGCUGACGGUUUUUUUCGGGUCGUGUCAGCCCUGUGAACGAAGAAAUUCCAUUGCCUCGAGAGCGAUAGAGUAUCGCGCAGCGAUGGAAGACCGGCGAUCAAGAGGUAAGGUCGGGGGAUGUAUCUCGGCAAACGACUCGAACUCAGGAACCGGGAUCGUUCGGGGAACGUACGAGAGACGAAAUGCUCGAAACUCGAAGGAAGAGCGCACAAUGCACGGGGGCCAGGGGCGGCGGAGGGAAACGAAAAGAGGGGGCGAAAGGAUGGUGUUGUUGCCGACUGUGGAGGGCAAAAGACGAGGGAGGGAGGGAGGCAGGGGGUAGCCGGCUGAAGAGGCAAUAUAGGAGAAAGCUUAUUAUUGGACUUCGCUGCACCCGAGAAGAGAACAAAAUACAGGCGAGCAGUGAUUGCUGUUUCCAAUUGAACCCCUCGCCACGCCACGCUCUCUACCUGAAUGAACGUGCUAGCGGAAAAUAAUCAGGCCCCGCCCGGAGCUACUAUCUAGCAUUCGCGUAUCUACCUUUACUCUCUCUCGUUCGUUCUUACUCUUACUUCUUCCGUCUCCGCGUAUCGGAGUCGUCGUUGCUCCGCGGCGUCCCCCGCUUGUUUCAGGUAUCGAGUAACGACUAAGUAAACGUUCGUGAGAAUUCUCGUCUUAUUCUCUCUCGCUGCGAAGAAACUGAAAUUGCUUAAGAAAUUAUCUAGCCGUCAGAAUCGCAUACACCUUGCGGUAAAAGACAAUCAGGACAUAAACCGGAAUCUAUCACAGUAGUAAUAAUAGUAGUAGUAAUAAUAUAAUAAAACCAUGCGAUAUAAAGGAGGAGAAUGUUUUAGAAAUCGAAUUAUUUCAGAAUAACGAUAAUUAGAAUAAUAAUUAAAGUAUAUCGAGACGCAUCGA